AUGCAGACUGCUUCUACAAACAUUUAUGAAAGAAUGGGUCGCUCUCAGGAGCUCAGUGAAUUCAAGCUUGGCACCGUGAUGGGUUGCCACCUGUACAAUAAGUCCAUCCAUGAAAUUUCCUUGCUACUAAAUAUUCCAAGGUCAACUGUUAGUGGUAUUAUAACAAAGUGGAAGCAACUGAGAACAGCAGCUCAGCCAUGCAUGCUGAAGCGCCAAGUGCGCAGAAGUCACCAACUGUCUGCAGAGUGAAUCACUAAAGACCUCCAGAUUUUGUUUCCAGUGAAGGGAACUCUUAAGGUGUCAGCAUACCAAGACAUUUGGACAAUUUCAUGCUCCCAACUAUUUGGGGAUGGCUCCUUCCAACAUGACUGUGCGCCAGUG